CUUCCGUAAACACAAGGCAAGUGCGAUUUUGAAUCUGCACACCGGUGUAUUGUUAAUGUGGGUUUCCCCUGAAUUUAUGCAUCCCCAGUAUGAACGAUGUCUCAGCCUGAAUUAUGUUGUACAACCUCUGAUGCCAUAGAAACAUCUUGUGUGAGUGAGGAUAAAGAAGCUUGUAAAGAUGACUCUGCUGACACAAACAGUAAGUGUGUGGGCACAGACGGUGGUGCUCCAGACAGCAGUGUCAGGGACCGCGUGUUAAGGGAGGUAGGAUUCACCAGCUCUGCCUUCAUCGGUCCAGCAUUUCCUCCACAAACAACUGCAGCCGAGUCUGUCAUUGAAGACUCGCUGAGUGAGUUUUACAAAGAGCUUGAGAAGAUCGAUACCCCUGAUGGUGCUAAUGGUAACCCAGGGAAACAAGAUGCAGCUUUUGAUCAGCCACUUGUACCUGCUAAAUUACCCACCAGCAACAAAACUCAGGAUGUUCCUGAGGAGAAAAUUGCUAACACGAGGGACUUUGAAGAAACAGAUGGCUCCCAAAAAAGCAAUGGAAGAAAACAGCCAGCAUGGCCUCACUGGUAUCAAAAUGAGCCAUACAAUCCCAGGAGGCAGAGGCCAGGCCCGGAGCUGAGCUCUCCCCAGUGGCGUCAUCCACAACCACACCCGAGAUUUCAGAGCCCACCAUUCCCUCACCAACCACCACCAUAUGCAUUCCCAAAUCUACAAAACCCACCACCACAUGUGAACCCUACCUUUCAACAUUCAAGCAUGGCAAACCGCUUUCAAGAGGAGCUGCGGUUUCCACCUUUUUAUAGAUUCCCACCUCCAAAUGUUUCCAGGCACCCCUCUCAGGGAUUUUAUGGAUGUCCUCCACAUCAGUUUGACAGGGAUGUGCAUGGCUCCAGCUAUGAUGGACACUCAGCUAAUGAAAAUGUCAGGUGGCCUAGAGAUAGAAGUGAAGAGCUCUCUCAGUUAAAUGAAGAUUAUGACAGGCUCCAGAGAUGUGAUUCAGAAAAUGAACCUUGGGAGCGACAGCACUACUACCAGCCGCGUGACGACACACAUGCAUGCCAUUCAGCCCUGGUGCUGAUCUUGAUGCGGGGAUUGCCAGGAUCUGGGAAAUCCACACGUGCCAGGGAGCUGCUCUCCACUGGCCCCAGUGGGAUCAUUUUGAGCACAGAUGAUUACUUUGCACACAAAGAUGGCUACCACUAUGAUCCUAGUCUUCUUGGAGCAGCACAUGAGUGGAAUCAGAGAAGAGCUAGAGGUGCUCUUCAUGACGGCCGGUCUCCCAUUAUUAUUGAUAAUACAAACAUUCAAGCCUGGGAAAUGAAGCCAUAUGUCAAAAUGGCUUUGGAGAGCGGAUACAAAGUUGACUUUUGUGAACCGGACACCAGGUGGAAAUAUGAUCCUUACGAGCUGGAGAAGAGGAACAAACACGGUGUUCCUCAGGAGAAGAUCGCGCAGAUGAUGGACCGUUUUUCUUUUCCCAUAUCCAUAGACAUUGUCAUGAAUUCAGAAGAACCGUUUCAUGUGAACCAGAGACGUCGACCAGAGCAGCCACAAAUGAUGAGGAAAAAGCCAAAUUUACAUAAUUUCUAAGACAAUUUAACAGCUUUGUAAUUUACCUUGUAUGACCAUUUUUAGUGUAAAUAUUGCGAUUUUUAUAAUUUGUACCUGUUUUUAAUAUAUUACUUUGUAUACUGUAAUUUUUUUUGUAAGAAAAGAGAAAAAAUAUUUUUCUGAGGAAAUUAAAAUCUGCAAUUUAGUAUGUAAUAACAGAUUUUUACAGUAUGCGUAUUCUUCACAUUACAGAACAACAGUGAAAACCAGGAGUUUGCCCUGUUUUAAAUUUAUUUUUUUACUCAUUUACAAGUUGCUACAAUUUUUGGGGAGCUUGAUCAGUGAUUUAUCAUCUUGGUUGUUGUGAUUUCUUUGUUUUUUGUUUCUUCCUGCGACAUACACCAAUAGGCAAAUUUUCAGUGCCAAAAUCGCCAAAUAUAAACAUUGAUAUGAUUUUUCUUUUUUAGUUUGUUACACUGGUGUUAGUGUUGUUCUUGCAUAAUUAAAACAUUGUUGGUCCAGGAUCAGUGUUGCAACUGACCAGUCCUGUUGUCUGGGUAUUUAGUUAACAUUAGCCAAGAAGUUAGCUAAUGCUAUUAAAAACUGUCACAAGUAAACCAAUAUGAGUAGCUAAAUUUGGCUAACAGCAAAAAUAGCUUGAUAAUAUAUUGUUAUAUAGCAUACAUUAAUAAAGGAAACACUUGAAGUGCUUUCUAUUUGUUCCAGAAGAGAGUUUUUUAUAAGCAAAUGUGGAUGCAGGAAAAACACCGACAUGGGAAUAUCACACACAUGGUGUGUCUGUGUGUAUAAAGAAAUUUGGUUGAUUUAAGUAUACCCUCUGAUUUUAUUAGUUUGCAGAACCACCUUUAGCAGCAAUAACUUGAUGAAAUGAUGAAACAAAUCUGCUAGAAAGAGUAAAGUGCUUGGUAUUGUUGUUCUGUUAAAUGACAGAAUUUCAGCCAAGCUUUAACCGUGAGACAGAUGACCUCACAGCUGACUCUAGAAUACUUUGGUAUACAGAGGAGUUUUUUGUAAACUCAAUGACUGCAAGAUGCCGAGGUCCUGUGGCUUCCAAAUGAGCCAACUCAUCCCUCUGCCACCGUGCUUGACAGCUGGUGUGAGGUGUUUGCUGAUAUGCUGUGUUGGAUUUUCAUCAGUGGUGGCUCUAUAAUAUCUGCAUUUUUGUCUUACUUUAUGUCUCCAAACGUCAUUGCCCCAGAAGUCCUGUGGUUUUUCAGAUGCAACUUUGCAAAUCUAAGCUGUGUUGCCAUAUUUUUAGAGAGAUUAAUGUUUUUUCAAAUAAGCCAUAUGUGUUCAGUCUUUUUAUAUUAUACUACCAUGAACUUUAAUAUUUAACCUGCUAACUGGGGCCCGAAGAGGCUGAGAUUGAGCUUUUUUGGAGACUGCAGACUGCCAAACUGCUUUUAUUGAGGUGGUCACACUUACUGAUGGUCAGUUAAUCAAGUGCAUUCAAGCAGCAGCACCUGGCUGCUAAAUGCCCUCUUAUUUCCUAUUGAAGCA